ACUGCGUGGCCCCGCCCCCCGGCCGGCCGGGACACGUCGCGCCAGGACUGCAGCGCGGCCCGACCGCGGGACCCCAGUUUACCAGGAAAUUUCACCUUGAUAUGAGAACCGAAGAUGGAUCCAGAAGAGCAGGAGUUACUUGGCGAUUAUAGAUACAGAAAUUAUUCUUCAGCAAUUGAGAAAGCUUUGAGAAACUUUGAAUCAUCAAGUGAAUGGGCAGAUCUUAUAUCUUCCCUUGGCAAACUCAAUAAGGCUCUUCAGAGUAACCUGAAGUAUUCUCUAUUGCCAAGGCGUCUGAUCAUCAGUAAAAGAUUAUCUCAGUGUCUGCAUCCAGCACUACCUAGUGGAGUACAUUUAAAGGCACUAGAAACCUAUGAAAUAAUCUUUAAAAUAAUUGGGACAAAAUGGCUUGCCAAGGACUUAUUCUUGUACAGCUCUGGUUUGUUUCCUCUUCUGGCAAAUGCAGCAAUGUCAGUGAGGCCUGUUCUUCUUGGUUUAUAUGAGAAAUAUUUUCUUCCUCUCCAAAAGUCCCUUCUGCCUGGUCUUCAAGCCUUUGUAACUGGACUGCUGCCUGGACUGGAAGAGGGAUCAGAAAUUUAUGACAGAACAGAUGCUUUGCUCGUGAAGCUCUCCUUAUUAAUGGGCAAGGAAGUUUUCUAUGGAGCACUCUGGGGCAGUGUUCUGGUCAGCCCGUCCAUCAGGCUGCCUGCUUCUCUUUUUGUUGUCAGUCAUAUCAACAGAGAGCUGUCUGGAAAACAGCAGAAGUACAUGCUUGGCACCGAUUAUAAGCUUACAAUAAAGUCCUUGUGUGUAUCAGUACUGGAUUCAAAUGUUCUUGUGCAAAGAAACACUCUGGAAGUGAUUCUCUUCUUCUUCCCAUUUUAUACAGCUUUGGACUGCAAUGAAAGCGCUAUUCUACUGCGCAGGUCUGAUUUAGUCCAUAUUCUGUCAGCAGCUACACAGACAUUGCUGAGGAGAGACAUGUCACUCAAUAGAAGAUUAUACGCAUGGUUGCUAGGCUCUGAUAUUAAAGGGGGUACUUUUGCUCCAGACUCAACAUCUUCUGAAGACCAUGCUAUUUAUUUUUUUGGAAAAUACUCUAAAGAUCUUUUAGUUGAGAGUUUGGCUGAAAUUUUACAUCAGAAAUUCUCAGAGUCUGAUGUAGAGGAACAGCAUCAAGCCUAUUUGAAACCUUUCCGCAUUCUAAUCAGUCUCCUUGAUAAACCUGAAAUAGGGCCACAGGUUGUUGGGGAUCUGUUCCUUGAAGUUAUUAGAGCCUUUUAUUCCUACUGCAAAGAUGCACUUGGUUCUGAUCUCAAACUCAGCUACAAUCAAAGUGGCAACAUACUUGCAAGUGCAAUCAAAGAGAACAAAAAUGCUUCGGAAAUUGUCAAAACAGUCAAUUUACUGAUCACAUCCUUAAGCACGGAUUUCCUUUGGGAUUACAUGACCAAAUGUUUUGAAGAUUGUUUCAGAAACAAAUCCACAAAGAUGAGAUAUCCUCUUGAAAAUGUUAGCACUCCUCCUACAAUUUCAGAGCUCUGUACACUAUUGGUGUUUCUUCUUGACGUGAUUCCUUUGGAACUCUACUCUGAAGUGCAGACUCAGUAUCUUCCUCAGAUGCUCAGUUAUAUGGUGCAAUCUCUCUUGGAAAACGUGGAAGUAUUAGGUUUACCUGAACUCACUCAUGCCUUAAGGACCUGUUUUAAGGUGCUUAGCAAAGUACAAAUGCCCCCUUCCUAUUUGGACAUUGAGACAGGCAGUGGAAAUGGGAGCCCAGUGAAAAAGGACAGUGGGGAUGUAACCUUGGAGACCAAGUCUGUGCUUCAGGAAGAGGAUGAGACUCCAUUCCCUCCCCUGAAGUCAGAAGACAGUGGCAUUGGUCUAAGCACUUCUUCCCCAGAGCUCUCUCAGCACUUAGGGGUGCCAACUGUGACCCUUGAGAGAGAUGAUGUCUGGAAAAAAGGGGGGAGCAUGCAGAAGACUUUGCAUUGCAUCCAAGAGCUGGUUGCCAAGUUUGCCAGUAAAUACAUUUUUGGGGUGCAGUUUCAAGAAGCAAGUAAUGAAAGCAUCUCAGCAAUGAGUCUGGAGGGAAAAGAGAAAAAAGAAAAUGGCUACAGAUUACCUGAAAGUGCUAGCAAGAAAAAGAGUGCAUGGGAAGCAAAGCAAAUGACUGUACCUCAAUUUAAACAAAUACUUUCAGACUUGUUCUCAGUUCGAGGAUCACCGUUCAAGAACAAGAGUUCCCAUCUUCUUUCUUCUGAAAGCAACUCUGGUAAUAAAAAAGAAAAGGAAGAAGAGUGGGACUUAGAACAAGUGAUGCUUGUCUUGGGACCCCUUAGAGGUGACUGCAAGGAAGCUUUUGCUGCGGCUUGUCACCUGUUGUUGGAUUGUACCACAUUCCCAGUCUACCUUUCAGAGGAGGAGAUGGAACAGCUGUAUCUCUCUUUGUUUCAGAUUCCUGGAGGUUGUGAUGCCAGCUUCCCUAUGUGGCUGAAGUCCUUAAUGACAGUAUGCUGCUGUGUGAAUGACUGCUAUGUUCAGAAUGUGUCCAUCUUCACGCUGCUGGAGGUGAUCAACCAUUCCCAGUCACUGGCACUUGUGAUAGAAGACAGAAUGAAGCGAUACAAAGUCUCUGGGCACAACCCCUUCCUUGGAAAGCUGCAGAUGGUCACACUUCCUCCCAUUGCUCCUGGAGUUCUGAAGAUCAUCUCAGAGAAAACAGAUUUCUACCAGAGAGUAGCCUGUGUGCUCUGGAAUCAACUGAACAAAGAGACCCGGGAACAUCAUAUUGCCUGUGUGGAACUGUUCUACAGGCUGCAUUGCUUGGCACCAUCAGCAAAUAUCUGCGAAGACAUUAUAUGCCAUGCGCUUUUGGAUCAUGAUAAGGGGACAAGGCUGGAAGCACUGUUCAGAUUUUCUGUCAUGUGGCAUCUGACCAGAGAGAUCCAAGGCAGCAGAGUAACUUCUCACAAUCGGUCCUUCGAUAGGUCUCUGUUUGUGGUACUGGACAGUCUCAAUUGUUCAGAUGGCGCAAUUGGUGCUGCAGCACAGGGCUGGCUGAUCCGUGCUCUCUCACUUAAUGAUGUUGCACGGAUUCUUGAACCAGUCCUGCUGCUGCUGCUUCAUCCAAAGACACAACGCACGUCCAUCCACUACAUCAAACAGAAAAAUUCAGCAGAGGAUAUACAUCUUUGGCUUCACAAGAAAAAGGCCUCGUUGAAAGAAUCUGGUGUCUCUGAGAGCAAUUCUGAGGAAAACCUUCCAUUGAGCCAGUUUACCACCGUGGAUAGAGAAGCAAUUUGGGCAGAAGUGGAAAAAGAUCCAGAGAAGCCAGAGUUAAAAACUGAACAGUUUGAAAGUGAUGCCUCUUGCAAUCCAGUAACUUCACAUGAGGUAGACGGUGACCAAGAUAAUAGUGAGCACACGGAAUCAGCAGACACCAGCACAGGCCAUGACAGUGAAAAUACAUCUUCUUUUUCUCCUUCUCUGGAGCUGCAGGAAGUGAGCAAUGAGGACGAUGACAGUGCUGCAGCUGAUGGCAGAGAGAACACAAACCAUGCAGGUUCCUUCCAUGCAUCGCUUCCUGAAAGCUCCAAGUCUAGUGUAGCGCUAAACCUUGUGCGUGCUGACUCCGAGAGGACUCAAGCAUCCGAAUCUCUGUCAAGUGAUGAAGAGCUGGACUUGGAGCUCCAGGAAAUUACCAGCUCUAAGUUGCUCAAGCAGCAGAAGGAAAAACAAGAGAUGAUUGAGGCUCUGUUCAAACAUAUGCUGUUAUAUUUGCAACCUUAUGAUUCCAAGAGGGUAUUAUAUGCUUUUUCUGUUCUGGAGGCAGUGCUUAAAACAAACCCUAAAGAAUUUAUUGAAGCUGUAGCUAGUACUAGCAUGGAUACCAGUUCCACUGCACAUUUGAAUCUUAUUUACAAUCUCUUAGCUCGCCAUCAGGAGGCUCUUGUAGGGCAGAGUUUUUAUGGCAAACUUCAGACUCAGUCCCCAACCAUGUGUCCCCAUUCUCUUCUAAUAGAAUUGCUCACUUACCUCUGUCUCAGUUUUCUGCGGUCAUAUUAUCCAUGCUACUUGAAGGUUACGCACAGAGAUCUGCUUGGCAACAGAGACGUUCAGGUAAAAAGCGUGGAAGUCUUGAUUAGAAUGAUGACCCAGCUGGCUACUAUGGCAAAGGCAGCAGAGAGUAAGAAUGUAGAGUUCAUACGCAACUUGCUUGGAAGAUGCAAAAUUCAGGAGUUUGUUCUUCUUUCUUUGUCUGCAUCUAUGUACACAAGUCAGAAGCGGUACGAACUGCUUACGGCAGAUGGAGUUCAUAAUGUUCCUGAAGAAGAUCUUUUUGAAGAGAGCCUAAUCAAUUUUGGACACGAUCAAAUAUGGAGCGAACACCCUCUCCAGAUUGAGUUGCUGAAGCUUUUGCAGGUACUGAUUAUUUUGGAGCACCAUCUUGGACAGACUCAUGAGGAGCAGGAGAAUCAGCCAGACCUCUCCAAGGAAUGGCAGCAGGCUCUUAAUUUCCAGCAGGCUAUCGGUGCGAUGCAGUAUGUCUAUCCGCACCCAAUAACUUCACAGGGAUUAUUCGUCUCUGCUGUUGUUAGAGGUUUGCAACCAGAGUAUGGCUAUGGGAUGCAUCCCACUUGGGUAGGCUUAGUCACAUCUUCCCUGCCCUAUUUUGGAAAGUCUUUAGGCUGGACUGUGGCACCAUUUGUUGUACAGAUAUGUAAAAACCUGGAUGAGCUUGUCAAACAAUAUGAAAAUGAAGCUGUGAAGACAUCCAUGAAAACAUCUGCAAGCUUAACCACUAAAAGAGAGAAUGUUACGCCUGAUUACCCACUAACCCUUCUGGAAGGUCUGACAACUAUUGGUCACUUCUGCCUUCUGGAUCACCCUAAUCAAACUAAAAAGUCGUCAUUAGCCGAGCCCGCAAACCUGAGAAAUGCUAGGAACGCCAUUUUGGAAGAAUUGCCUCGUAUUAUUAAUACCAUGUCCCUUCUUUGGAGCAUUAUAAAGAGGGAAGACUCUCAGAAGAGACCGACUGACUUCUUUGGAAUAACUAAAGGCUCUUCCUCAGCAUACUUUAAAGCAACCAAAACAUUAAGAACUAAAAUACUGGACUUCAUGAAUCCAUUGACAGCACAACUUGGAAUCCAGUUGAUGGCAGCAAUUGCAGCAGUGUGGAAUAGCAAGAAACCUCAUAGGAAUCAAAGUAAAAUGAAGAUUCUUCCAGUGGCUAGUGCAUCGCAGCUUAUUCUUGUGGACUUAAUAUGUGCACUUAACACAUUGAAAAUUGAUACCAUAUUACAUCUAGUCAAAGAAGUAGUCAAGAAACCAUCACAAAUCAAGGGUGAAGAGAAAUCCUCUCUUGUAGAUAUUCCAAUGCUGCAGUUCAGUUAUGCUUUCAUUCAAAGACUGCCUGUCUCAGCCUUGCAGGAGAACUUCCAGUCCUUAUUAGGACUUCUGAAGGAGUCUGUGCAGUUGAACUUGGCUCCUCCUGGACACUUUCUGCUUCUCAGUACUCUGAAUGACUUUGUGACUAGGACACCUACGCUAGAAAACAAAAAAGACCAAAAAGACUUGCAGGAGGUGACCCAAAAGAUUUUGGAGGCUGUAGGGACUGUUGCUGGUUCUUCUCUGGAACAGACUAGUUGGCUGAGUCGGAACUUGGAGGUGAAAGCUCAGCCUCAGAUUUUACCAGAUGAGUUCAACAUUGAAGAUAUGAAUGAUACUUCAGUGGCACCAUCGUCAAUGGUUUCUGCCUCUGCUCCUUCAAUAUACAGUGUCCAAGCUCUUUCACUCCUUGCAGAAGUUCUUGCUUCUCUUUUGGACAUGGUUUACCGGAGUGAUGAGAAGGAGAAAGCUGUGCCAUUGAUUUCCCGUCUGCUAUAUUAUGUAUUUCCUUAUCUACGCAACCACAGUACCUACAACAUUCCUAGUUUUCGUGCUGGUUCUCAGUUGCUCGGCUCAUUGAGUGGAUACGCCUAUACCAAGCGAGCCUGGAAAAAAGAAGUUCUCGAGCUGUAUAUGGAUCCAGCUUUUUUCCAAAUGGACACUUCAUGCAAUCAUUGGAGAUCCGUUAUUGAUCAUCUUCUAACACACGAGAAAACUAUGUUUAAAGAUUUGAUGAAUAUGCAGAGCAGCGCCUUAAAACUCUACCCAAGUUUUGAGCAAAAAGCAAUGUUGUUAAAGCGGCAAGCUUUCGCUGUCUUCAGUGGAGAAACUGAUCAGUAUCAUCUGUAUCUUCCUUUAAUACAAGAGCGACUGUCUGAGAACCUCCGGGUUGGACAGACUUCUCUAGUUGCCGCACAGAUGUUUCUCUUCUUCAGAGUUCUUUUGUUAAGGAUUUCUCCUCAGCAUCUAACCUCAUUAUGGCCAAUUAUGGUGACUGAAUUGAUUCAGACAUUUCUACAACUGGAAGAAGAUUUAACUGAGGAAGAUGAACCAUCAAAAAGCAACAGCAAAAUAAGCAAACAGAAAGUCUCAGGUGAUGGCAGUGGAUCUGACAUCCAGCAGAAUGAGCUGUCCUUGUACUUAUCAGCUUGUAAGUUUUUGGACACAGCACUUUCAUUUCCACCCGACAGGAUGCAUUUGUUUCAAAUGUACAAAUGGGCAUUUGUCCCAGAGGUGGACACAGAGUCAUCUGAUGUGACUUCUCAUUUUGUAGAAAAUCAUCAAGAAUGCAGACCACAUAUAGUAAGAAUCAUGGAUCUGCUAAAGAAGAAAUAUGGGGAAACAAACAACACUAACGAGGGAAUUUCCAAGAGGCACAAAUUUCCUCUUUUGAACUUCCGCACUAUAUCAAGCAUCACCCAGCUUAUGCCCUUCUUCAAGACUCUGUGUUGUGCAUUUACAACAAAUGGGAGUGAAUCCCAGCAUUCACGUACUUCUGCAUCUCUCUCUGUGGACUACGUUGGCAGUAAUGGCAUAAAGAUCUUGCAACAGCUUGAAGAGAGCGUUGAAUGUGACUUCCUUGAAAACAUGGAAAGUUAAGCUGCAUGUCAGAUGCUUCACUCGUGGUGGAUAAAUAGCAAAAAAGAUACAUAUAUAUACUGCAAUUCUUCUCUUUUUUUCGCCAGUUUUGAAACUACAUUUGGGGUUUCUUCCUGCUUUUCUGCAGUGUACUUCUUUCCAGUUGGUGUUAAAAAGCAGGAUUCUUCAGUUUCUGGGGAGGCGGGAAGGAGGAAGUGCAGUGUAGUAGUAAUUUACCAUAGUUACUGUAUUCUUUUACUUGUUUUCAAUGUGAAGGAUUAAAAAGAUAUUGUAAAUAAUGGAAGAAUAUUUUUGAGUUGGUGAAGGUAGCAACUCUACCGUUUAUCCAGCAACUUCUCAAGUAAGUACUUUAAACUACUUUUGGAACUGUGUUCUGAAAGUAAAUUUGAGGAAAAAAAAUAAUAUUGCAUGUCAGCGUACAAUCAGUUUGCAGAAGAGCCAUUUCAUGAUGUUAAAGCCCCCUUCUAUUACUCCUUUCUUUAACUUGUCCCGAUGCUUACCAACUUCUAAACAAAUAACUUAAAUUUCAAACAGAUGUAUUUUAUAAGUCUUUGCAUUGUGCAAAUAACUGCAAACUUAUCAUGUUUGUAAUUUCAGCUUUGUAUUAUAAUAGCAUUCUUCAGGAUUAGUGAUUCCUAAAUAAAAAGCAAACACAUGCAUAAAAGGCAAACCUAUGCAGUAACAUUUUAUAAUUUGCACUACUUUGAGGGCUUUUGAUUUUAAUUUGUUUAUUAAGAAUAUUCUAAUUCAGUUUUUAAGUGAAAGAACUUUUGUUCUUUCAGCGCUUAAGAUCACUUUGCAACUUGUGAAAUGCAGUUAAAUGAAGAUAAUCCUGUAAAAAUAUAAAUUACUGUAGACUGACAGCCUAAUUAAAGUGAAAAGAAAAUUCAUUUUUUAAAGGACACUUUUUAUACAAACAGAUGUAUUUGGCUGUUCCUAGGUGUUAACAGAGGUCGGGAGGUCAUUCUCAGUGCCAUGACUACAGUAAUGUUCCAUGUGCAGCUUCUUCUGGUGCUGCACUGCUUCCACCAUCCAGGACGUGGAAGAGAGUGAUUAGUUCUGCCACCAAACAGUGAGGAGGUGGACUCCACUGAAUUUUCAUAUUUAGUGGAUUUUCUGAAUGAAUUUGCAAUGCUGAUUUGUCUGAGAGGGAAGUUUGUCAUAGUUUUUGUGGUGAAAAGCUUUGUCUGCUCUUUUAUUUAAACACCUUUGUUUCUAGAGAAAUGGGUUUGUUAGAUAUGCCUGCAGACUGGUACGUGCUUCUUGUGUUAUUUGGAAUACCACAACUGAGGUAAAUGUACUUGGUAUUGGACUUCAUCAUUGUUUUCUUUUUUUCUUAUUUAAAAAAGAAAAAAAGAACAUGCCAAAUGAAUGGUUUAAUGUCACUGGGUCAUGAGGUCAGGGAUUUUUGCAAAACUCACACAAGAAAGACAAUGUUAUUCUGCAGUGUUUUUUACCUAUGGAUGUAUGAGUCCCCAUCUUUGGAUUAUAAACUAAAACUAUGAAAUGCUGAACAACAUGCUUUGCUGUGAUAAUACUGUAAUGCUGUAUGAAGGUAACAUUAUAACAGGCUUAUGCUAAACUUAGUUUCUGUGAAUUUUUACAGUAAGGAAAGUAACAGACGAGUGUAAUAUUGUGUAGUCACUAGACUAGGAAUGUGAAUUACUUGUAUUCAUGUAAUUUAUUAACAAUCUACUGCUGUUGGAAUAAGCACAAGUGCAAAAAAAAUUGUUUUUAAGCAUCACUUGAAAGUUGGAGCAGGAUAUUUUUAAAAUAAUUUUGUUCAUUACUUUCAUAAAUACAGUGAUUUUUUA